GUGGACACAGCGAGCUGCGCGCGCGGAGAGGAUCAGCUGAAGGAGCAACAUGAAGAGAAGUCGCAACUACAGCUCGUCUGAGAGCGACCUGGACCUGGACAACAUCCAAGUUGAGAAGGACAGUGGCGACGAAAACGGCCAGCUCGAUCCUCAUGGCUCCAUGUCGCACUCCACAACUCGUCAAGUUCAAGCCAGGAAGCGACGCAGAGGGAUCAUCGAGAAAAGAAGACGAGACCGCAUCAACCACAGCCUCUCGGAGCUGCGGAGACUGGUGCCGAGUGCUUUCGAGAAACAGCAGGGGGCGGCCAAGCUGGAGAAAGCCGAAAUCCUGCAGAUGACCGUGGACCACUUGAAGAUGCUUCAUGCGUCUGGAGGCAAAGGGUAUUUUGAGGCUCCAGCUCUGGCCCAGGAUUACCGCAGUCUGGGCUUCCGGGAGUGUCUGGCAGAGACCGCGCGCUUCCUGAGCCUGGUGGAGGGUCGGGACAGCACAGACCCCCUGCGUCUCCGCCUGGUGUCCCACCUGAGCCACUGUGCUACGCAGAGGGAGGUGCAGACGGGACUGGAGCACUUGGCCUGGGGCUCUGCCUACAGUGCCCCCCUCCUGCUGCGGCGUCCCCAGGGCAGGAUACCUGGUGUGCCGUCUUCCACGUCGCCCUCUUCCACGGACACGUCCGGGACGUCUCGGCUCAGUGCCUCUAAGCCGUCGCCCCCGCGGCCCUCCUCCCUCGCCGUGCUGUCGGCCUUCCCCCUGUCCUUUGGUGCCUUCCCUCUUGCCUCCCCGGCGGCCCUCGCCACUGCCAGCCCUUCCUCCACCGCCGCCAAGCCGUACAGACCUUGGGGCACGGAGAUCGGGGCUUUCUGAGGACGACAGCUGGACUGGGGCAACAGCUGAGCUGUGCUGAGAGCACAGGUGGAGAAAGUGGACUGGUUUUUCCUCUGAACUAUUUCACCCUGUUGACGCAAUGCUAACAUGCACUGUCCCCAGCUGGAGGACUGGAUGUUGUUGAGCACCAGUUAGAGGUCGUCCUUGCUCUGUUGGUUGGCCACAGACGCAUGUGGCUCUGUCAGGUCAAUGAACGUUGCUGAGAAAUGUCUGCGCUAUUUUUGGACCAAUAAAUGGAGUAGAGUGUGUGUGUGAAGAGAGA